AUGCGAUUCCUCAACUCCCUGACGCCAGCCCUCGCGCUGUUUGCGGCCGGUGCCGCGCAGGCUGCCUCAUCAUGGGGAUUUGACAGUGUCACUGUCUCGAUUACUGGCAAGGGCAAGGAUGCCACCAAGGAGAAGUUGAGCGCGACAUCUCCUCUUAAGACUGCCCUCUCCCUGGGAGCCAAGGAUACUCUCAAGGUCAUCUUGACGGCCAAGGAGGGCGACAAGGCCAAGCGCCCGCACCAGGCCUUCUUGAUCCUCAAGGAAACCGAGUCUGGCCUCGAGGCCCCCUUCCCCCUUGAGCUCAAGGACACCGGCCGCGGUGUUGUCGACAUCGCCCAGAAGGACCUCCCCGUCCAGCUCCUCCUCGCCAACGAGCCCCUCAAGGCCAGCAUCGUCAUCGGCUCCUUCGGUGCCGCCAAGGCCCUCGAAACCACCCUCUUCGACGUCUCCGUGACCCGCGACGCCAGCGCCGCUGCCCCGACUUACGACGCUCCCCUCCGCUACGGCAAGCAACCCGAGAUCAGCCACAUCUUCCGCGAGGACCCCCGCAGCCCUCCCAAGAUUAUCUCGCUGGCCUUUGUCAUCGCCGUUCUGGCCACGAUUCCCGUCCUCCUUAUUGGCUGGCUCUCUCUCGGCGCCAACGUCAACCACAUCCAAAAGGCCCUCGGUGCCGCGCCUCUCUCCCAUGUUGCCUUCUUCGGAUCCAUCGUCGCCAUGGAGGGUGUCUUCUUCAUGUACUACAGCGCCUGGACCCUCUUCCAGACCCUGCCCGCCGUCGCCAUCGUCGCGACCUCCAUCUUCCUGAGCGGCACCAAGGCCCUCGGCGAGGUCCAGAGCCGUCGUCUCUCCGGUCAGCGGUAA